CCAAGGCUAUGAUGGGGCUAGUAAUAUGGCUGGUCGAUUUAAAGGAGUACAGACUAUUGUGAAAUCUAAAUACCCCAACGCUAUAUAAUAUGUACAUUGUGCAGCACAUUCGCUGAAUUUAGCUGUUUCAACAGCUAGUGGCAUAAAACCUAUCAGAAAUUGUUUGGGGGUGAUCGAAAAAGUUUAUAAUUUUUUCAAUACCCCUAAAAGAAAUUCUGUUCUUUUAAAUACCAUUGAGAAUUCAAAUAAUGCACCCCAAGUAAAACAACUCAAACGGCUUUGUGCUACUCGUUGGAUUCAACGUUAUGAUUCUGUAAAUGAUUUUUCUGAACUAUUUUCAUUUGUUCUCAAUGCGUUAGACAUUAUAUCUGAUUGGAAAGAAUCAACAGAUGCUGAAAUGCUUCAGAAAGCGUUAAAAGAUUCAGAGUUUAUGAUUUCUUUGAUUGUUAUAAAGGUAUUAUUUUCUUAUGGACUUCCGCUGUGUAAACAAUUGCAAAAAGUUCAAAUUGAUUUGAAAAAGACAAUACUCAUAGUAGAAAAUGUAAUAGCUACUUUAAAAUGUAUCAGAGAAAAUAAUGAAAUAGAAUUCAAAAUUAUCUAUAAUAAUGUCAAAAAAAUGGCAGAUGAUGUUGGAAUUGAAUUGCUAGAGAAAAGAAUUUCUUCUAAACAAACACAUAGAGCUAAUCCAAAUUUACAAAAUCAUUCUACCGAACAAUACUAUCGUGUAACAGUAUUUUUACCAUAUAUUGAUUACUUUAUAUCACAACUUACUGAGCGUUUUAUAAAUCAUAAAAGUAUUUUUGAAGGGUUCGAUUGCAUUUUUAAAACCCAGCCAUUGCCACUAGAGAUAAAUGACCGAGAACAAUUUAAUAAGCUUGUGAACAUAUAUUCACCCGUUGUAGAUAAAUUCAAUAGCAUAGCCGAAUUCAAUAUGUGGAAAACAAAACUAUUUACAGAUAAUAUCAUUCUUAGUUCAGGAUUACAGGCAUUAGAAAUUUGUGAUAAAGAAUUUUAUCCCAACAUUUACAUGUUGAUAAAAAUAUUUUGUACGCUUCCAGUGUCAACAACAACUCCUGAACGAUCAUUCUCUAAUUUAAAAAGAAUUAAAACUUAUCUCAGGAAUAGUAUGAAUGAAACUAGACUGAAUGGAUUGGCUCUAUUAGCAUGCCAUACAGAAACAAAGAUUACACCAGAUGAAGUCAUUGAUGAAUUGUCGCUAAAAAAUAGAAGACUGGAGUUUGUUUUGUAA